CCUCCGCUCUGGCCGCGCUGGUUGGGCUUCCAGCCUGCAGAAGCUGCGGCCGCGGCGCCGCCUCUGCCCGGGGCCCCGGCUUCCAGCCCGGCUCGCCCGGCCCGCGGGACAUGGAUCUCCGAGCAGCGGAUCGUGAGCCUCCGGAGCGCCCUAAACUGCCCGCCCGGUGCUGGGCUCACACCCCUUUCCUGCCCAAGCCCUGGAGACAACAGCCUCCCGACUGCUGACCGCCAGCGACAGUAUGAAGGCUCGGAUGGGACCAUGGCCUUGGGCAGGCUAAGGACUAAGCCUGCACCACUAAGCCACACCCACAGACCCUGAUGAUGACUUCUGACCGCACUGCUCCUGAGCAGAGGAGAAGGGUGACUAGCCUCAGAGCCCAGUCCUGCUCUUGGAGACUGUGUGACCCAGGAUCGCCUCCUGCUCAUCAUCCUGUGCUCCUUGGUCUUCUCUGCUGUCUAUGUCCUCUUGUGCUGCUGGGCCUGCCUGUCCCUUUGCCUGAUGACCUGCCUGGAGGACCACCACCCCCUUAUGAGCCCCAGGCCCACGGUGCCAGGGCCCCUGCACUUUAGCGGAUAUAGCAGCGUGCCAGAUGGGAAGCCGCUCAUCCGCGAGCCAUGUCACAGCUGUGCUGUGGUGUCCAGCUCCGGCCAGAUGCUCGGCUCGGGCUUGGGUGCCCAGAUCGACGGGGCCGAGUGUGUGCUUCGCAUGAACCAGGCGCCCACCGUGGGCUUUGAGGCGGAUGUGGGCCGUCGCAGCACCCUGCGCGUGAUCUCGCACACGAGUGUGCCACUGCUGUUGCGCAACUACUCGCACUAUUUCCAGCAGGCCCGCGACACUCUGUAUGUGGUGUGGGGCCAGGGCAAGCACAUGGACCGGGCCCUGGGCGGCCGCACCUACCGCACACUGCUGCAGCUCACCAGGAUGUACCCGGGCCUGCAAGUGUACACCUUCACCGAGCGCAUGAUGGCCUACUGUGACCAGAUCUUCCAGGAUGAGACCGGCAAGAACCGGAGGCAGUCUGGCUCCUUUCUCAGCACCGGCUGGUUCACCAUGAUCCUGGCCCUGGAGCUGUGCGAGGAGAUCGUGGUCUACGGGAUGGUCAGCGACAGCUAUUGCAGGGAGAAGAGCCACCCCUCGGUGCCUUACCACUACUUCGAGAAGGGCCGGCUGGACGAGUGUCAGAUGUACCUGGCGCAUGAGCGGGCACCCCGGAGUGCCCACCGCUUCAUCACCGAGAAGGCUGUGUUCUCUCGCUGGGCCAAGAAGAGGCCCAUUGUGUUUGCCCACCCGUCCUGGCAGCCCCAGUAGUCUCUGGUGCUGGCUGGCUGCUGUGCCUCCGCAGGACUGUGUCCCAUCCCAGGCCACCACACUCCAUCAAGAACAUUUAAUUUAUGACUCUUGCUUCCUACCACAUGCCAGUGGACCUGGGGUUCCUUCCUACCCCACCCUGGGGGUAUUUAGAGCCAUCUCCAGUCUCAUGACUUGAGGGGAAGCGGGAGGAGCUUUGUCUCUCCCAUCCCUGAGGAAUCCAUGUCUUCUUUUUGGGGUUCAUCCCACUGCCAGGUCUCUCAAGUGUCCUUUGCCCUGGGGCCAGUGGCCCCCCACUCACCAGCAUCAUGACCUAAUGCCAGUCCUGUCGUCCCUCUACCCAUCACCCCAGCUGCCUAUGGUGCCACAUUCUUGGGCUGGUGGCUCUGUUGGAGCAGCCAGCAGCUUGGGGUUUCUCGGUGCAGGGCCUUCAGGCAGCGCUCGCCGGGCCUCUCCGGAGUGUACGGGUAAACGUGUUUUCUGGA